AUGUCUGCUUCUACAUCUACCUCGUCACAUCAACAACCACAAGAUAUUAUAACUCAAGUCACGCCGCAUCAACAAGAUUCAUUUAAUACUACUUCAAUUGAUGAUCAAUCCGAUAUUGGUGGUGGUGGUGGUGAUUAUAAUUCUAUUAUUCAUUUAAAUAUUCGAGGUAAAGAAUUCACUAUUACUCGAGAUGAUUUAAUGAGUUUACCUGAAAGUAUAUUAUUAUGCUUAUUUCCAAAUGGAGUUUUCCUUGAUGUUAAUGGUAAUGUAAUAAAUAAUUUAACAGAAGAUGAUAUUGUUUAUGUUAAUUUUGAUCCUCAAACAUUUCAAUAUAUUAUUAACACUUUUUAUCAAGCUCAACAAGAUUUAAUUCAAAUGUCAAGUAAUGCAACCAGUUCAAAUUUGACCCCAGUAACUAGUCACAAUAAUAAUAAUCGUCAUCAUAAUCAUCGACAAGAAAAUAUAUUGGAAACUAAACCAGCAAUUAUUGUUUUACGAGAAGAUUUAGAUUUUUAUGUUAUUCCUCCAUUUGAAGGAUUAAAUAAUGAACAAAUGAAACAAUUAAAAUUAGGAGUUAGUAUACAAUUAUUAAAGAAUAAAUUAAUUUUUUCUGGGUUAGGAUAUAAAUUUGAAGAUGAAGAAGAACAAGAUGAACAACAAAAUAAAUCAAGUAAAGGAUUAGGACCUGCAGAACAACAUUUAUUUGAUAUGUUAUGUUCUUCUGGAUUUGAAGUAAAAGAUAAAUGGGGUUGUCGAUCAUUAGAACCAAAUAAAUGUGUUGUUUCUUCAUUACUGUUGGUAAGAUUGAAAACUAACCCCCCACCAGGUGAAACUCCACCAGAUUCUCCUUCAUUAGAUCCUGUCACUUCACAAUCAAGUACCACUGGUGGUGGGAAUGGUCGUUCACGAUCAAGAUCAAGAAUUGCUCAAUUGGCAAGUAGUGCCUCAAGAGCAGCUCUGAGAUCAUUAUCAUCGAAAAGAAAUAAACCUGAUAAUAGUACUCAAACAAAAUUAUUAUUAUUUUGGAGGAAACCAGCAAGAAAAUGUUGGUGGUCUCAUGAUUGGGUCACUAUAGAAAUUGAUGCUCCAGAGUUAUUUAAAUCAAUGAAAAAUAUAAAUUUAAAUGGAAGCAAUAAUAAUAAAAUGUCAGUUAAAGUUCAUAUAAGAAGAGUUUGGACUUUAGAAUUAUCAAUUAUCGGAGUUCAAUAA